AUGACGGUAGUCCCAAAUGCUAACAAUGAAUUGAUACUAAUGAGAACCGUCACUGGCUGGCAGAUCUGCAUGGACUUCUGCAAACUCAAUGCAGUGACGAAGAAGGAUCAUUUCCCUUUGCCUUUUAUUGAUCAGAUGCUAGAUCGCCUAGUAGGAAAUGAUCACUUCUACUUUCUGGAUGGUGAUGAAGGCUCCCACUUUGUUAAUGGCGUCAUCAAAAAAUUGUUGCUCAAAUAUAAUAUCCACCAUAAGGUCGUCAACGCAUACAAUCCAAAGACAAACGGCCAAGCCGAGGUGUCCAAUAGGGAAAUCAAGCUGAUCUUAGAGAAGGUGGUGAAGCCUUCAUGCAAAGAUUGGGCCAUGAAGCUUGAUGAUGCCUUAUGGGCAUACAAGACUGCCUAUAAAACACCUAUAGGAAUGUCCCCGUAUACACUGGUGUUUGGGAAGGCAUGCCACUUACCACUUGAAUUGGAGCACAGGGCAAUGUGGGCAGUGAAAAAGCUUAAUUUUGAUUUGAAGACUGUAAGGGAGGCAAGGAAACUUCAGUCGAUCGAGCUAGACGAAUGGAGAACUCAAGCAUAUGAAAAUUCUAAGAUCUAUAAGAAGCGCGCAAAACAUUGGCAUGACAAACGACUAUGCGAGAAGAAUCUCCAAGUUGGAUAG